AUGCUCGCUCCUUGGAUUGCUUGUGGCUGUUGCGAAGCACCUGCAGAUCUCACACACGAAGUCCUCCAGAUUGCCGCGUCCCUGGAUUUCGUUGAUGAGAAGAAACAUGACACGGAAGUCGCGGAAGUUGACGACAUCGAGACCGGAAGCACCCAAUCAGACCUGGUUAUGAGCGUGGACCUGGACCAGCCGGUGGUAUUGUUCACUUUCACUAGGCGGAACGGAGAGUCUGAAGAGCUGAAGGUCACGUCGAAGCCCUUGUGUUUCCGCAUUGGGCACACCCAUCCCUACACUGUCACGGACAUUGCGGCAGGCAGCAACUCUGUGGUCCAGGAAGGAUGGGUGCUGACGCAUGUCAACGGUGAGAUGCUGCCCCUGCAAUGGAAACAGGCGGCCUCUGUGCUCCGAAAGGCUACCCAAAGGCUCCCUCAGACCAGGCGGAGUAGUCUUAAAGAGCCAGCGCCGGGCCAAGUCAGUCGGAAGUCUGUCCAGUCUGAGCCUGGCCAAGGCAUUCGGAAGUCGCUUCAGCUUUCGCCCGAGGCCAAGGCGAGAUCCGACCUGGCAGCCACCUUCAAGACUUGGGUCCCGGCAGGUUCCGUGGAACAUAGCAUCAUGCAGUACCAAAGCAGUUUAGUCCAGACCAUGCGCGCUGCAAGGUAA